AUGCAUAACUCAAGCCCCCACGUGAGCAAGGAGUUCUUUGACCUCAUCAAGUUUAUUGGAGAGGCCAGAUCCAAGCAAGAGGAAGACAGAAUUAUUGCCAAUGAAAUCGUCGUCCUCAAAGAGCGAAUGAGUCAACCCAAAGUCUCCACUCGGCGCAUGCAAGAGUAUAUCAUUCGGAGUUUGUACGUCGAGCUCUUAGGCCACAGUGCCGCUUUCGCGCAUAUCCAUGCAGUCAAGCUCGCAAACCAGCCGCAAGCAAGGGCCAAGUGGAUCGGCUAUUUGGCGUGCAAUUUAUUCUUGCAUCAAGACCACGAAUUGAUGCUGCUUCUUGUCAACACAAUUCAAAAGGAUUUGCGGUCACCUAACGUGCUGUACGCGCAGGCGGCGCUGCAAUGUGUCUCGCGUCUGCUCACCCUUGAAAUGUUGCCUGCUGUCGCUGCGGCAGCGACGGAUUUGCUGCAGCACCCGCUCGGUGCAAUUCGAAGGAAGGCUGUCAUGGUGCUGCAUCGAGUGAUCACUCUGCGACCACCUCCCCCGUUCCUCUCCCCUCGAUCUCAGCCGCAGCUCUCGAGCCAGCCGUUUCAGCGGCAGCAGCCACAACAGCCUGAAGGGGCAGGAAGCGCUGAAGAAGACGACUACAUCAUUCCAGAUCUACUGGGAAAAAUAAGGCGUGCUCUUUGUGACGAUAGGAAGCUACCCAAGGAUUUUGAAUACCACAGAGUUCCUGCUCCGUGGAUACAGACUGAUUCUUUAGCUCAAAGGCUUUUGAUGGAGGUGGGUAGUGGUUCAGGGCCUUGUUUGCCGCGCGUCUAUGUGCGUCUUCAUGGCAUCCGUCUUGGAGUUUGCUCUCAGAUGAGUAUCUUGUCAGUCCUCGCGAAACUCGUGGCUGGAGAUGCCCGCUUGUCAUCCGAGGUGUAUUUGGUGCUGGAGGAGGCGAUGCGCCGUGCAGACUGCACGGCGAACGUGGGGUUCGCACUUGUGUAUUCCGGUGUACGUACAGCUGCUGCGGUGUAUCCGCAGCAGCGCCUGCUGGCUGCCGCUGCCGCGGCUACCUCCAAGUUUCUUCUUUGUAAGGUAGGAGGGGGGGGAGCCUGCUUAGGUGCUCCUGGAGCAGCGGCAGCAGCAGCGACUGCCGGCAGCAGCGGCAGUUGCAGCAGCACAGCCGCUGCGAUGCACGCAGCGCAGUCUCUCCUGCAGUUGGUCGCAGACGGAACGGAUGGGACCCCUCAGCAAGACUACGAAUUCAGGGUGUAUGUGGUCAAUGCCCUCGCCUUGCUGCUGAGACGCAAAAAGCAGAUUCCAGACAUCCUAAUCCAGGUGGCUAGCUGGGUGUUGGGCGAGUUUGGUUCCCUGUGCUCGCUGCCAGAUCUUUCGCAACGUGAUUUGCUAGCGCUUCUUCGAAAGGCUGCGCAGUGGGAGGUUUUUCCGUUCGACGCAGCAACCGAAGAUAUUCCUUCAGAUGCUCUUUUGAACACGGGAGCGGCGUAUGCCAGAGCCGCCGUUGCAGCAGGAGCUGCAGCUUACAUUCCCCGGAGUCAGCGAGAAGCAGCAGCCGUUGCCGUUGCUGCUGCGGCUGCACCAGCCGUAGCACCUCACUCCGCAGCAGGAGCUGCGCAGCACCACCAGCCAGCUCACACGGCUGCCUUGAACUUCACUCCCUAUGCACUGCCUACUGCACCGCAGCAGCCGCAAUCCAGGCCUGCUGCAGCUCCUGCCUCUUCUAGCACUGGACUCCAAGUGCAGGGUCCACGACGUUGGGGUCCUUUCGGCUUUGUCGGCUCUACGAAUGGAUCGGAGCAUGCUGCUGCUGCUGCUGCUGCUGCUGCUAGCAGCAGCAGCAGCAGCAGCAGCAGCAGCGCAUGGCAGCCGCAUGCAGCAGUAGCAGCGGUUUCCGCCAUCGACUUGCCUCCACAACCCCAGUACCAGCAGCAGCAUCUGCAGCAACAGCAGCGCGAGCUGACAGAACGGGAGCGGAUGGCUGCUGCUCUCUUUGGUGGACUCUCAGGAGACUCGGCAGCCGCAGCAGCCGCAGCAGCAGCGCCUGCCGUUGCAGCAGCUAUGCCAAAUGGCGGGAUGCUCGGCAGCAUCUCAGCUCCUGCAGCAGCGUCUGCUGCUGCAGCGACUGCAGGAGCACCAGCACCCCCUCAACCCCUGCCCACUAUUGACCUGUUGGACCUUGACAGCAGCAGCAGCAGCAGCAGCAGUAGCAGCAGCAGCAGCAGCAGUGGCAAUGGUAGCAGCAGUAGCAGCAGCAGUGGCAAUGGUAGCAGCAGCAGCAGCAAAAGCGGGGCUGAUGACAUUGUUUUAGACGUUCUUUCUCUUAGUUUACAGCAGCAGCAGCCGCUACAGCGGCAGCCACUGCAGCCUCUUGCCAUCACUACGGAGCAGCGAACUGUCGGGGCAGCGGUGGUAGAAGUUAUUGGCAAGGAGGCAGUAGCAGCAGGCACGGCUCAAGAGGGUCCGGUGUACAUCCACCUCAGCGUGGAUGCACCUACUGCUACCGUUCAUUUUAGGAUCAAAGCAGCAUCUCAAAGCCUUGCGGACCGCGUUGCCGCAGCUUGCAGCAACCUAUAA